UCCCAACUUCCUGUUUUAAAACCGGCGCGUUUUUGUUUACAUUCUGUCAAGCCGAACCGCGUUGAAAUGGAAGUUUGUAUUGAUUCUGUUGCUUCUGCGAAAGGCGCAGAGAUUGGAGGAGCUAUAAGAUUAGAGCUGUGUGCUAAUUUAAUGGAAGGAGGAACAACUCCGACGGUUGGUAUGCUGAAAGUAAUUAAACAAUAUGUAAGGAUUCCAGUAUUUGUUAUGAUACGACCAAGAGGUGGGGAUUUUUUAUAUGAUGAAGAAGAAUUAGAAGUUAUGAAACAAGAUAUACUGGAAUUAAAAGCUGCUCAAGCUGAUGGAUUUGUCUUUGGAAUACUGAAAAUUGAUGGUAGUGUUGAUGUUGAAAGCUGUACAGAAUUACUAAGUCUUGUCAGACCAUUCCCAGCAACAUUUCACAGAGCAAUAGAUAUGUGUAUGAAUCCAUUGAAAGAAUUAGAGAAGAUAAUAAGAAUAGGUUUUACUCGUGUUCUGACCAGUGGUGGAGCUAAUACAGCUUUAGAUGGAGCACCUGUUAUAGAACAAAUGAUCUCACAGGCAAAUGAAAGAAUAAAUGUCAUGCCAGGUGGUGGAAUCAGUUCCAGGAACUUAGAAAGAAUUCUAAGAGACACAGGUGCCAAAGAAUUCCAUUGUUCUGCUCGAUCUAGUCAGAAUUCCCAGAUGAACUUUAGAAAAGAUGGCAUCAGUAUGGGUGCAGCAUUAUCUCCCCCUGAAUUCUCCAUUAAAACUACAGAUAGUUCAAAAGUUCAACAGUUAGUUGAAAUGGCAACUGCAAUAUGGGACUUGUGAAAAUAGUCAACUUCAUUUUCGGACCAGGAACUCAUCUUCUUGUUCUUUUUCUUCUUGGGAGUGAUACUUUUCAAAUAAUGCUAAGGCACUGCCAAUUCAAGUACAAUCGAUAUGAAACUUGGCUCACUUGUUCCUUGGACAAUUGCGCAUCAGUUCGAAGAUAGCAGCGAUAACGUCAUGCUUGGUUUCUGGUCCCUAUUUUACUUGUUUCAUUUAUAUUAUUGGCAAUCUGGUUAAAACACAGAUCCUAUUUCGUUUUGUUUUUAUAGUUCAUUUUACUUGUCUUUACUACACUAGGAUCUGGAAGAGGUGUUAUAUAACAGGCGUUCUACUUGAUGUGAGGAAUUAGCCAAUAAUACAGUUUGUUACGGCGAGUUCUUGGCCUUUUUAUGCACUAAACUCUGGGUAAACCACUAGAAAUGACAACGCUGAUUGAUUAAUCAAUGUCUGACAUCAUAGGGUCAAAAGUCACUCGUUUGACCCCCGACGUGAACUCCCAUAAUAACUUGUCAGAUCUUCAUGUAUUAUAGGCCAUCGAAAGUAUAAAAAACGAAACGGAAUAUAGAUCUGUAUUUUAAUCAGAUUGUAUUAUGGGCAGUUAUCCAUAACCACAUUGAUCAUGUUUAUUCAUGAAAACUUAAAAUAUUUUAAGGAUGCUGGGUUUUCAUUGGGUUGGUGGUUAAAAUCCCAGUACUUAUUUUAAGCCUUUAGCCAAUGAAAAGGCUGCAUUAUUGAAAUAUUUUAGUUUGAGUUUUCUGUGAAUAAGGCCCUUGGAAUACAGCAUUCUUUCUAAAUUUUGAAUAUUCAUUUAAAGUAAUGGAAAACUUACUUCAAUAAAAUUGUUGAUUGUU